UGAAAGAAGGGGGCGGGGCGUCCUGACCCUCCGCCAUGCUCUUCCUGCUGCGCCACAGCGGCCGAACCCUCCUGACGCUCAGCUCCGCGCGGACCGUGACAACAAGCUCUUACUCCGCUCACAUGGGGAAGCGAGUGGCCGUGGUGCUGGCGGGCUGCGGGGUGUUCGACGGCAGCGAGAUCCACGAGGCCUCCGCCGUCCUGGUUCACCUGAGCAGAGGAGGCGCAAGUGUGAACAUGUUCGCCCCCAACAUCGACCAGAUGCACGUGGUGGAUCAUCUGAAAGGAGCACCGUCCGAGGAGAAGAGGAACGUUUUGGUGGAGAGCGCACGGCUGGCCCGCGGAAACAUCCAGGACCUGUCCAAGCUCAGCGUCAAAGACCAUGACGCCGUCGUGUUCCCAGGUGGUUUCGGGGCGGCGAAGAACCUGUGCACGUGGGCGGUGCAGGGGAAGGACUGCUCCGUCAACGAGGAGGUCAAGGCCGCGCUGCAGGCGUUCCACGGCGAGGGCAAACCCAUCGGCCUCUGCUGCAUCUCGCCUGUCCUGGCCGCCAAGGUGUUCCCUGGGUGCGAGGUCACCGUCGGCCUUGAGAAGGACGAUAAGUACCCCGACACCACCGACACCGCGGCGGCCAUCAGCCAGCUGGGCUGCAAACACGUGAGCAAGAGGGUCGGCGAGAGCCACGUGGACGAGAAGAACAAGCUGGUCACCACCUGCGCCUUCAUGUGCGACGCUCCCAUCCACGAGAUAUUCGACGGCAUCGGGUUGAUGGUGCGGGACGUGCUGAAACUCGCCUGAAUUGACCGACUCUCAAUAAACAAAAUUGGAAAAAAGAAGAUAGUAGUUGCCUGCUGAGCAGAUUUUAGGGAGGCGAAGUACCAUCUCGACCUGCAGCACUUCCAGACACUCUUGUUUUGUAGUAGAUAUGUGCACUACGUGGUCCAUUUGAAAAAAAAUGAAGAAUCUAUUAUUCGACAAAGAUCUGAUUAAGUCAAUCUUACCGGAUUAUAUUUUGAGUAUUGUACAAAAAAAUGCAAUAAAACGAAGAAGUUCA